AUGAACUUCACACGGCUUACGCAUCUUUCUUUUACCCCAGCAAAUAGCAAACAUGUCUAAGAGAGGACGUGGAGGAGCCCAGGGCAACAAGUUCCGUAUGGCACUUGGUCUGCCAGUGGCCUCAGUAAUGAACUGUGCUGAUAACUCCGGAGCCAAGAACUUGUACAUCAUCGCCGUAUUCGGUGUUAAGGCAUGUCUCAACAGAUUGCCCGCUGCUGGUGUAGCGGACAUGUUCGUUGCUUCCGUGAAGAAGGGAAAACCCGAACUUCGUAAGAAGGUUAUGCAGGCAGUUGUCAUCCGUCAGCGCAAGUCAUUCCGCCGCAAGGAUGGUGUGUUCAUCUAUUUUGAGGACAACGCCGGUGUUAUCGUUAACAACAAGGGAGAGAUGAAGGGAUCCGCCAUCACUGGACCUGUUGCUAAGGAGACCGCUGAUAUGUGGCCUCGUAUUGCCUCAAAUGCUGGAAGUGUCGCUUAAAUCAUUUGCUGUACAUGAAUGAAAUAUAAAUAAAUGAUGGGUUGCGUCCGGAAUGUGGAAGCGAUGGUCUGUAAGUACUCGUGAUAGUGAACAGUAUCUGGUUGCUAUGUAAUUUUUUUAAGUCCAUGGUGUCGAUGUACAUUUAAGCUGUGUGCGGAUAUGACGGUUUGACAGUGUUAUGUUUGUUUACUAUCAGUGUUAUCAACUUAUUUAUACCAUGUAACAUCUUACUGAGCGUCCGUUUGUGUAGGCUU